GUUAUAGUAGUAAUGACAGACGGCAUGCAAACAGUAGGAGGUGGUCCCUAUACACCACUUUACGAUGCAUCGGAACAACUCAGAAAAAAGAACAUCGAGAUCUAUACAGUAGGUGUUGGUCCAGCCAUCAGUCUUCAGCAGCUCGUAGAGGUUGCGACUUCCCCAAAUUAUGUCUACAGUGUUCCUGGAUUUGAUAGCUUGUUGAAUGAAGUGGAAAARAUUCAGCUCGUAACAUGUGAUUGCUACGAGCCUCUUGACAUCGGGAUCAUUCUUGAUGGCUCAAGUAGUAUCGUCACWGGUGCAGCUGGUUACAGCAAUUUUGACGAUGCUAAGGAUGCUAUUGUGAGCUUGCUMAAGCAACUUCAUGUUGGUAAGGGUGACGACAAAUCCCACUUUGGCCUAAUAAUGUUUAGUGACGUAGCAAGAACCAAAGUAGAGCGUAGACUUACUGACUCUCAAGAUUUUGCAACUGCUGAAAAGGAAAUCAAAGCCAUCAGCAUCCGUGGAGGAAACACGUACACCACACAUGCUCUGGAAUUAGCUGGCAAGACGUUUUUCCACCCAGGGUACAACGGCAACCGUGAAAAUAUCAGAGAUAUUGCUAUUGUUCUAACCGACGGUGGAAGUGAUGAUGGAUAUACUGGUCCUAAUAAAGAAUAUAUAAAGGAUACGCCAAUUAUUGCUGUUGGUAUUGGAUCUAGUAUUAAAUUUGACGAUCUCGUGAAAGUGGCCCGCAACAAUGCAAGCAUGACCGUCCAAGCGAAUGAUUUUAGCGAAUUGAAGAAGAAACUCGGUGACAUUGUUCAAUUAACAUGUUAAGGAGUGAUCUUGCUUCAUCCGUCAACUGACAUSAAAAGAUUAGAGUAGAACAUUCAAUAUGUAAUACUUGUCUGUCAGUAAACUAUAAUAUGWUAAUCUUAAAAGUGCUAUUGCUUAAUACGCGUUAUCGCCAAUCAAGUAUAUUACACGUGUUACUAAUACAAUGAAAAGCACAAAAUAAAUAUGAAUACACGUC